UAUAAUUUCACUACCAGCGGCAGUAGGUAUAUAUAAUUAUCUUUCGCAGGUCUGUUUUGUGGUGGUCUUUCGCCCAUCUCUUAUCGCUGUUACUAGGGGUGAGGAUGAGAGAAACAGUUGGGGUCAUUGGGGUUAGCCGUAUUUAAGAUGUGGGUCGCCUGUAAUUGGCUGUUUUAUGGUGGUGUACCCCACCUGUUUUUCUCAUUUUCACCUCUACCAGCGGGAAGAGAAGGACGAAAGACGGGGUAGCUCUAACUUGGGCCAUUCUGAAAUUCCAACUCAGUUCGUCAUCUCAACCAACUCGGACCAUUCUGAAAUACUGGAUAAUUAUUAGUAUUUUUUAUUGAAUAAUUGUUGGUAUUUGUAUAAACAUUCCCUGUUUUUAUAUUGGUGGUCCUUGGUAAGGGGCGCUGCAGGGCCCGCCAUUCGGUGUUUACAAACAGGGACAGCGGCAAGGCUCACAACCUCACACCACCCUGCCGCUGAGCCCCUGCUGCACCACCCUGCCCCAGCCGAUGCUCACUGGGGAGGCAGUGAAAACAGCACGUGAAUCUUGGCCAACAGGAGCCAAGAGACGAACCAGGCAGUGAGAAGGAGUGAGUUAGUGAGUGACGCUUUUGAUGCAAGACCCGUGAACUGCAACUCAACGGUGUGACACAAGAUGGACAGCCCCCAGGGUCCCCACCAGCCCAACCCGACCUCCUGGCUGUAUAUGCAACACCUCCUACAACAGCUGCAAGAUCACCAGCAGCCUCCAUCACAGCAGCAGCACCAGCACCAGCACCCACCACCGCCACCACACCAGCAGCAACCACAGCCACACCAGCAACAGCCACCACCACCACCACCACAUCAACAGCCACCACCACCACCACAACACCAACAGCCACCACCACCACCACCACAUCAACAGCCACCACCACCACAACACCAGCAACACCAUCCACUUCAACAGCAGCCACCACACCAGCAGCAGCAGCCUCCCCCGCCCCCACACACACCACCACACCACCUCAACCCCCACCACCACCACCACCAGUCCCUCCCACAGCACCACCAGCCACUACAGAUGCAGCAGAUGUCAUCACCACAGCAGCAGUACCAGCACCAGCAGCAGCAGCAGUACAAGCCACCACAACAGCAGCAGUACAAGCCAACACCACCACAGCCACAGCCACAGCAGCAGUACAAGCCACCACCACCACCACCACAGCAGCAGCAACAGCAGCAGCAGCAGCAGCAGCAGACCAGCAAGCCUUACAUACGACCUGAUGACCACAGUUACAGUGUGGAGUCUAUACUUGGUAAUCCCAGGGCGGGACUCUCACAGCCUCCUCUGCUCCCCACCCCUGUACACCCCACAGCUCUUCUUCCCACACCUACAUACCCACCGCCCCUGCUGCCCACCCCUGUCCACUCAGCCCCAGUGCUCUCCACCUCCAUGCCUCCCAAGAUCCAGCCAGACAAUGAGAUGAUGGUCAUGUCGUUCCUCAAUGAGCUGGAGGGAGGGAAGAAAGUGCCAGGCAGCGGGGCACCUCCCUCCACGCUGCACAAGCCUCUGCCUGCCACGCCAACGUCCAGCUUCUCCCAGGUGCUGGUGAGGGAGGACCAGGCUAUGAGGGGCCAUCCAUCACUCCACCCACAGGCCACUCCACACCUCACCCCCACCACCCACCACCUGGACCUGUCAGGGGACACCAGCACCCCCACUACUGUCACCACUACCAGGAUGAACCACAAUGGGGACACCCCUGGCCUGUCUGUUAGGAUACCCCUCACUGCACCCCUGACCCACGAGGCAUCACCCCUACAGAACACCAGCACCCCUGCCACCAGCGCCACCACAACCAGGGCGAACCACAUUGGGGACACCCCCUCCCUGCCCCUGAGGAUGCCCCCCGCCUCACCCCUAAUUCAUGAGGAGUCGCCCCCACAGGAGACCAUGUCCUUGAACCCUGUGUACCCCGGCAGCUGUGAGGGCAACGGCGAGGAGAACGGCACCCCCAUGGGCAGGCUGGAGCGCGGGGACUCAGCCUCCUCCAUGAGUCAGCUUGAUCUUGGCCUCAGCGACGACUCUAAUCCUCUCAUCGACCAGCUUGAGUCAGCCCUAGAGAGUGACAGCAGCAUUCAGGCCAAGGCAUCCCCAGAGGGCCCAGUGCCGGCCGACACCUCCAGUUGUUCAGAUGGUGCUACGGAGGAAGGGGAGGGUGCUAAGGAGCCAUCCACACAUCCCCAGACUGAGAUGUUCAUGUCACUUCUCAACAACCCUUCAUCAGACGCCCCUCUGGACUCACAGCCUCCAGAACAGCCCUCGCCAGCCUCACAGGAGCCCAAAGCUAUGCAUACAGACACACAGGAGCAAGACAGUGUGCCUGAUACCCUCAGGAGACCCUCACAAGACACACACCAAGAGCAGGACAAAAGUGUACAUCCAGAUGCCUUGGAGGAGGUUCCUGUGUUGUGUAGCCCCAGGACACCUCUACCAGACACUGCCAAGGAGAACACCAGCGGCUCUCCCAUAGUAGCACGGAUUGUUCCACUGUCUCUUCCCAGUAACCCUGCAGAGGACACCCAGAAAGAAAUCCCUAAGGUAACGCCUGUGGUUGUACACGUCACUUCUCUGAGUGGUUGUGGGACGUCCCCACAAGACACACAGAGAGAGGAAGACCAAGGCUCGCCCACUGAUGCAGAGAGAGAUACUGCUGCACCCUCAGACAACACAGGUGACACCCCCACAGCACUCAAGAGUCCAGAAGAGGUGAGUCCAUUGUCCCCUACAAUGAGUCCUGCGCUAGACAGCCCACCACGGGAAGCUUCACCACCAAAGGACACGCCAGAAUCCUCACAGGACACAGAGCUCAUAGGGGAAACAAUCUCAGAGGACUCAGUUCAAGCCACUACUGACAUCCAGUCACCUUCCAGGGACUCUGAGGCUAAACCAGACACUGUACAAGUCACCACAACCGGAGACACCUCAGGCCCCUCUAAGAACACCCCUCUCAGCCCCUCCAUGGUGUUGCUGCCAGAUGCUGCCUCAGAGGAGAAUGAGAGUGCAAAUGAGGACGUCACCAUGUCCCCACAUCAGAUCACCACAGUAUACAUUGUUGAGCCAAAACAGGAGGUCAUCUUGCACACCAAGCCAUUGCCAGAUAUCAUGGACGUGACCCCAGAGGUGAUUGCCAAGAAUGACAAGCAGCAGACAGCAGCCCCAGCCAAGGAGAGCAAGAAGCAGGACAAGCAGGAGGUGAAGGAAGUGACCCCUGCCAGAGAUAACAAGCAGGCAUUGACCAGCAGCCAGCUUGAGUUGAAGACCAAGAAGGUGAAAUUGUUAAGGAAGGAGACACACUUCUUUGAACCCACAGUGGUGCCCCCGGAGAAGGAGAAGCUGAUGGUGAUGUGCUACGUGUGUGACUCCAAUGUCAAGGUGUCCAAGUUCAAGCACCACCUGUUCUUUGGCUUCGUGCGCUGCCACUACUGCAACCGCCGACUCAUGGGGUGCAAGCUGCUGAAGGAGGACCUGAACAACCCUGAGAAGAGCAUGUGCUUCAGCAGCCCCUUCAAGGUGCACAGCUUCAGCAAGUGGGCGGGUGAUCCCAUAGAGCACCUGUCCUACUACAUCCGCAAGGACCUGGUCAUCAAGCGCUUCUGUGCCGGCAAGACUAAGCCGCCGCCGGUUCCGGAGAUCGUGUCAGAGAUCCACGACUACAUCACCAGGCUGUCGGCGCUGGAGUCCUAUGGGCCGUGGUGCUACGCCUUUGAGCGCUGCCACAAGUACAUCCAGGAGAGGAUAAAUGCUGAACCCAAAGCAUUUGACCACAAACUGAGAAGCUCUGUGACUGCCGCGCUGGCUGCCCACUCGGCAUUUUCGGGGCCAAGCAGUCCCCUGAUGGUGGACAACACGAGGAGCCCCAACUCUGAGGGUAGCAGGCUGGCCACCACCACCCCACCCCUGGCCAGGACUCCGCCAGUAGAACGCACUGCAACGCCCCCCCCCACAGCUGUCACUCAGCCACCACCGCCCGUCUCUAGGCCAGCUGAGGUUGAGGAGAGCAGGGCGUUGCCGGUCAUCCAGGCGGUGACCUCCGAGAAGGUGACGGUUGAGCCGGUCAUUGUGAUGGAGCUGCCAGUCACACAGUCAGAGGAGUCCGUCGAUGACCCGAUGGAGACACAAGAUGACCACCUGUCAGACGUACCCGAUGAUGCCCCGCCAACGCCCGAGGACGCCACACCUGCCAGGACACCACAGCUAGAGCACGGCGUCAAAGUCUGCACAUUUUCCUCGCUGAGCCAGACGGAGGUGCCAAACGAGAGCCCCAGGCCAGCAGAGGAGCCCUCAGAGCAGACCCCAAGCAGAGCCACACCUCCGCCCAAGGCCAUGCCAAUGGGCCAGACCAUGAGUCGAUUGCAGGACAUCCUCAGCAGUGCCAUGGACACAUCCAGGAAGUCAUCGCCGUCACGCUCCUCCAGAACAUCAAAAACAGCAACGCCAGAGCCAGCACCUGUCAGCCAAUCAGACGUGGAGGUCAUUGAUGAUGCACGAACCACCACCAGCACUCAAACCACCACCACCACCACUACCACCACCACCACUACCAAGAAGAGCAUAGCCGGCACCACUCUCAUCCGGCAGUGGGGCACCAAGGCAAAGGUCCACAAGCCAGCUCUCCGCCGCAGCACGCAAGGCGAGUCCUGGCCGGUGAGAAACGAGAACUACCUGAUCAUCAAAUACCCGACUGAAGUGUGCCCUGACUUGUGUCCCUCCUGCUACACAGCCUUUGACCCCAUGCAGGCCACGGUGCAGUGUUCCUCCUUCCUCAUGACCGUGAAGUGUGAGUCGUGCAAACUGACACUAUUUGUCUCCCAGGACCCGCCACCGCCUCGCCCACGCAAGAAACGGAGGUUGUGAAUUUAGGGCGUGGUGGAGUCUGGGGGGCUGGAUGUGGCUUGCUGUCUGGGUGUCUUGUGUCUUUUUAACACGUGAGGUGCGCAGGGUGUGGGAGCAACAGGUUUUAGUGGUAGGUGAGCUGGGUGAUAUGUGUUGUGUUUUCAGCUUUAGGGUUAGGGGAGGUAGCAGUCAAACCUGGGUGAAAUAGAGGAAGAGAUAAGAAAAGGAGAAGUUAUGAGAUAUUUUUGAGAUUGGAGUGGAGACAUUCAGGUGAAAUGAGAAGAAAAGAUAAAAAAAGAAAAGUUAUGAGGUUUUGAGAUGGUCAAAUCGGGAUGAAAUAAGGACAGAAUAGACGAAAAGAAAAGUCAGUGGAAUAUUUUUGACCUGAUGCCAGAAGCUACGAGAAGUAAAUAAUGAAAAAUACAGAGAAAAGAAGAAAAAAACAAUACAAAAGAAAUAAAAAUGUGAAGAGAAUAAACUAGGUAUUUGUGUUUGGAGUGAGCGAUUUGUGACUCUUCUUGUAGUUUGUCUGUUAGUGUUUGUAUAUCACUUUCUUGAGCGUGAGUCAGAUGCAAUACACACAUCAUUACCACUUAUUAAUAUUAUUAUUAUCAUUGUUGUUAUUAUGGGCUGACUGUGAGUUUUUGUAUGUGUUAGUGAUUGUAAGGAUAAUCUGAGAAUGUGGCGAGAGAAUAAUAAAACACAAAUAGAAAUCACCAGGCAAACUAUUAUCAUCAUCUUGGGUGUAAGGCAGAGAGAGAUGAGGCUUGGUGAAAAUGAAGUACCUGAGAGCGAGGGAGAGAGAGAGAGAGAUUGCAAUAUUUAUCACCACAAAGUCAUAAGGUGCCACAAACUGAGAGAGAGAGAGUGAGAGAGACGGACAGACAGACAAUGCUAGUGACAGACUGGCAGGGUUUAAGGUACCACAACACAGACAGACAGACAGACAGACAGACAGACAAUCAAAACAUAUUUCAAUUGUUUGGUUAUCUGUAAUUAAUUGGGAAGGAGGGAAUUAGGGAUUUGUAGUUCCAGCAGGUGUAAGAUUGAGGGAAAGAUUUACCUAAUUAAAAUUCCAGGAAGUUUGAGAAGACUUACAAGUACUUGAGUUAUACAGGGUGACCCAAAAGUUUGGAAGUGUCAGUCAUAUCACCUUUUUUUUUUUUUUUUUCUUUCUUCUUUUCUGUAUUCAUUUUUUUUGUUUACAGAUUGAAUGUGAGUUUGUCAAAAGGUGAACGAGUCUGUCAAAAGAUAAAUGUGAGUUUGUCAAAAGAUGAUUAUGAAUUAUUCAAAAGAGGAAUAUGAAUUUGUCAAAAGAUCAAAUUGAAUUGGUACUCUGGUGAGGGAUGAUCACAGCAGAUAUUUCCAUGUAGAAAUCACUAAAAAGAUAUAUUUUCCCUGUGUGUCCAGCUUGUGGGCCACCAUGACAAGACUUGCAGAGGGAAUAAGACUGGUGCUAAGGUGACUUCUAGCUCUGUAAGUAAAGGCAGCCAGAUUUCAUUGGCCUUAGUAGACAGCCAUGGUAUUCUCAAACAUUUCAGUGUCAUCACAACUUCUAACAGAGUCUGAUGGGAGGCAUUGUGGGUAGGUUACUUAGGUUUUCACAGGUUGGGUUAAGUUUUCAUAGGUUAGAUUAGGUUAGGUUUUUUAUAAGUUAGAUUAGGUUAGGUUAUUAUAGGUUAAAUUAGGUUUUUUUUAUUUUUUUUAUUAUGGUGAUCAGGUCUGGUGGAAAGCAUUGGAGUUUUCAGGUGCAUUUUCUUGAUUGUUAUGAUAGUUUAACCCCUUGCUCGCUACACCUUAUCUUAAUGAAAUGUUAUGCAAGUGAGGAGUUUGUAAAGAAAGUGUUUGGGUAUAUGAGUGAAGCUGAAGAUGCUAAUAAUAAAGGAAGGUCACUAGGAGGAUAGAAAGAUAGGGUGAGAAAAUUGUGAGGGAGGUGGUAGUAGAGACCGAAAGAGGGUGAGAGUUUGAACAAGCAAGGAGGAUGUGCUUCUGGCUACACCCUUAAAGAACAUUCCUAGAAGAGUGAGGUGUUGGAUGAAUGGCCACCUACUUGUUAUUUAUGAAGCUGGAAGAGGAGGAGGAAGGGAUGUGAAGAGUGGGAACAAGUAAGCAGUGUUUGUAAAAGUGAGAUGGAGAUUCAUUUGUUGUGACCACCACCAUGGAGGACAUUCAUAAAGAGCUUGGUGUCAGAUGAUUAAAUACCUUUUUGUUAUAUGUGAAGCUGGAAAAGGAGGAGAAAGGACUGUAAAGUGUGGGAACAAGUAGGGAAAAAUUGAGGCUUCUACUGUUGCCACCUUAGAGAACAUUCAUAACCAGCUAGGUGUCAGAUAGGUACUUGUUAUAUAUGAAGCCGAAAGAGAAGAAACGACUAAAGACUGUGGGACUGUAUAGUAUUAUCAAAGUACUGCUGACACAUCUUCUGACAAACCAGUAUUAUUGCAUUGCUUCACUUUUACUGUGGUGCUGAGACGCAACACUCGCACACAACACUCGUAACACUUAUGCCUCAGAGGAAGAAGGGGAUUAGUAAAUAAGGAUGAAUGGAAAGGGAAGUAAAUAUUAUCCUGUGUGCUAAGAGAGGCUGGUUCAAUGAGAUUACGCUAAGGUAAUAUAAUAAUGCUAAAGACUGUUGUUAUGUGGUAGUCCUUUAUCUGUACAAUGGAGAGGGAAACAAAAUAUCCCGUGAAGAGAGAAAGAGAGAUUAAUUUAAAAGAGCACUAAGGUCACGGCAUUGCCAGAGACGGACUGUUACGGUACACAACUCCUGAAUCUAGUUUUUAAUUGCACGUUCGGUAUAAUUGUCGAAAGUUGCCCAGGUCUUUUGCGUAUUUCUCUGAGUUGUGGAUGUAUUUUGAUUGUGCGUUGUAAUUGGUGAAAUAUUCCUUCUGAUGGUUUAUGCCAAAUCACAGAUAAUAUUUGGUCCUUGUUUUUGGAGGUGUGUGUAUGUAUGUGUGUAUGAGUGUGUGUGUGCAUGUGCGUGUGUGUGGAUUUCUACAUAGUAUAUUAGAGUUGUAGACAGAGUAAUUAGAGUCCAUAGGGAAUCUCUGCAGUAUUCUCUGUGGGAAAUAUUAAGUAGCAAUGGGCGCAUUCACAAAUACAUUUUAUACUUUUAUUUCUUCUUGUUUGCUGUCUCAUGCUCAAUAAACACUGUCA